ACUAUGAAAAACCACACAACAGUGACAACCUUUAUUCUUCUUGGACUGACAGAUGAUCCACAGUUACAGGUGGUCAUUUUUCUUCUCCUUUUUUUCACCUACAUGUUGAGUGUCACUGGGAACUUAACCAUCAUCACCCUCUCCCUACUGGAUAUACAUCUCAAGACACCCAUGUAUUUCUUCCUCCGAAAUUUCUCAUUUUUAGAAGUAUCGUUCACAACUGUCUGCAUUCCCAAAUUUCUUGUUAGUAUGGCAACAGGUGACAAAACAAUUUCUUACAACAACUGUGCAGCACAGCUGUUUUUCACUAUUCUCUUGGGAGCAACUGAAUUUUUUCUUCUGGCUGCCAUGUCCUAUGACCGCUAUGUGGCCAUCUGCAAACCCCUGCGUUACACCACCAUCAUGAGCAGCAGACUCUGCAACUUGCUGGUGUUUGCUUCAUGGUUGGCUGGUUUCCUAAUAAUUUUUCCACCACUGCUUGUGGGUCUCAAGCUUAAUUUCUGUGCAGCCAACACUGUAGAUCAUUUUUUCUGUGACGUUUCUCCUAUCCUGCAGCUCUCUUGCACAGACACAGAUGUAAUAGAAUUAAUGAUGCUUCUCUCAGCCAUUUUGACUCUCCUGGUUACACUGGUGCUAGUGAUUCUCUCCUACACAAAUAUCAUAAAAACUAUUCUGAAAAUACCUUCUUCUCAACAGAGGAAGAAAGCCUUUUCUACGUGUUCUUCCCACAUGGUGGUCGUGUCAAUUUCUUAUGGCAGCUGCAUCUUCAUGUAUGUGAAACCCUCUGCAAAGGAAAGAGUGUCUUUGAAUAAAGGGAUAGCUUUGCUCAGCACUUCUGUCGCCCCCAUGUUAAACCCCUUCAUUUAUACACUGAGAAACAAACAGGUGAAAGAUGCUUUUAAACACAUGACCAAAAAGAUUGAAGCUUUCUCAUUGAAGUGA